GUCUCCCAUUGGCUGCCUGCAUUUUUGACUGACGGGUCACAACGAAGGCGGAAGGAGAGGCUCUACAUUUUGCUUGGACGCCUUGAGGGCUAGGGAAACGUGCACCCAGCUUCCUGCUGAGACUCUGCAGCCAUGAAGCCGGCUCUACUUCUCCUGCCUUUCCUCCUCCUCUCCUCUGCAGGGAAGAAGGUCCGGUGGUGUACUUUGUCGGAUGCAGAGCAGCGGAAGUGCUCAGAAUUGUCCCGGGCACUGCUGUCUGCCUCGGCCCCAUCCGCCCUCAGUGCCUUCACCCGAAUGUCCUGCAUUCGAGUUCACAACACCCGCGAUUGUAUUGACAAGAUUAGGGCAAAUAAGGCAGAUGUGGUCUCGUUGGAUGCUGGAGAUGUUUAUUCCGCCGUCAAAGUUUAUGGACUGACCAUUGCGGCAAAGGAAAGUUUCAAUCCAGAAAGGAGCUGCGUCUUCUCAGUGGCGGUCACCCGCAAAGGAACCCUCGACAUCAAGGGCCUGAAAGGGUCACGAAGUUGCCAUAGUGGGGCAAGAUGGACAUCUGGCUGGAACCUCCCUUUGGGCUUUCUGUUAGCCCAGAACGACCUCCUGUGGGACAGAGGUCAACCCCUGAGUCGCGCCGUUUCUGAAUACUUCAACGCCAGUUGCGUCCCUGGUGUCGGCCUUUCUUCCCCUGAGCUUUGCGCCCUUUGCCAAGGUCAGAGGUCAUACCUUCGGGACAGGAACUACUUCUGCGAAACCAACGGUGGCGAACCGUUUUUCGACUCUGAGGGUGCCUUCAGGUGCUUGAGGAGCGGAAUCGGAGAGGUGGCUUUUCUGGAUCACCUGGCGGUCCUGAAUGCCACAGAAUCGGACCUAGACGAAUAUGAGCUCCUGUGCCCCGACGGGUCCACUGCCCCCUUAACAGCCUCUGCGACCUGUCACCUCGGUCGCGGUCCUGGAUGGGCCCUCCUGACCCGGAAGGACUUCCGGAAGGUAGCCGGGAGGUUCAUCACUCUGGCCCAGCAACUCUUUGGAGCAGAAGGGAAGGAGAAGGCCAGGUUCGAACUCUUCUCCUCGGCCCCCUUCAGAGGGAAGGACCUGCUUUUCCGGGACGCCACUCGACGCUUGCGAUUGGUCAGAGAUGAGGAGGAGGACAUCACCCAAGUCCUGGGCCUGGACUACAUCUCCCUUUUGCAAGGCUUGGGCCAUGAAGGGCCUUCUCUGGCCGAAAGCCUGGUCCGUUGGUGCUGCAUCAGUGACGCUGAACUCCAUAAAUGCGAAGAAUGGGCACUGAAUGUUCAGUCCGACCCUUUGGUGUGCAUCCAGGCCGACUCCAUGUCUGGCUGCAUCGAGAAGAUCAAGAGAAACGAAGCAGACGCUGUUAGGCUGGAUGCAACACAUUCAUACUUUGCUGAUAUCUGCAGAUUGGUUCCAGUUGCGGUUGAAGAUUAUGGUCCAACCUUCGCGGUGGUGCUGGCCAGAAAGAAGGGCUUUGGGGCCCUGGGCCUACAGGGCCUGCGGGGGCGGCGCUCCUGCCACGGGUACAAGUUCAGCCCUGCUGGGUGGGCACUCCCCUCCCGCCACAUCUUUCUAGAUGCUUCCGAAAACGGGACCAGCACCCCUUGCAACCUCAGCACUGCAUACCAAGCCUUCUUCUGGAAGGGCUGCAUGCCAGGACAAGAUGGCGGCCCCCUUUGCAGAGUCUGCCUUGGGGCAGAGGCAGAAGGGGCAGGGAAAGGCCCCUCCCACUGUGCCGCCAAUCAUGGGGAGCGUUACUACGGCAACCGGGGAGCCCUCAGGUGUCUUUUGGGGGAUUCCAAUGGGAGGCAUUAUGGAGACGUGGCCUUUGUAGAGAAUCAUGACCUGCUCCAAAACAUCGAAUAUGAAAGUCGUCAUUCUGGUGGAGGGGCCCUGGACUCCGUCCUAUCCAGCUUUGUCCUCCUUUGUCCAAAUGGGACACAGGCAACCAUCAUGGACGGGGCGCAAUGCAACCUGGGACAUGUCCCGCCCGGGAUCAUCGUUUCCAGGCCCAUCGCUUCAACAAAAAUCCACAGAUUCCUCCAAAAAUUUCAGGAUUUAGGCACAAGCUUUCAACUCUUUCAAUCCCAAAACUAUGGAGGAAGCGACUUGCUAUUUAAAGACAAUACAAAAAGGCUCCUUUCUGCCGUUAAUGGCAAUUUCAGAGCUAUUAUUGGAGAGCCAUUUUUCAAAAUGGCCGAAUCCAUCUUCACUUGCACAAAAGCAGGCAUUUUGGAUUUCUGCAAACGAGACUCUUGCACCGAUCCAUCAAGACCUUAAAAAGUAUCAUAUUAUUUGAUUUUAAAAAUGUAUUCGUAUUGAUUUCCUUAAAAAAAGCUAUUGGGUGACCUUGGAAGUCACACUCUCUCAGCCUUAGUUCCCUGUGUUUUAUAUAACCUACCCCACUCAAUUUAUUAAUUUUAUAAUUUUGUUAAAGGAAUUAAUGCAAAAUUAUAUAUACUUACCUUCAUGUUGCUAUGGUU